ACCCCGCACUUCUUCCUUCCAAACGAGCGAUCGAGCGCCAGCCGGAAAAGUGAAAGGCAAAACAGCACCAUGUCAGAAAACAGAUACGACGUGAUAGUCAUCGGGGGAGGCAUUUCAGGUCUGUCGGCAGCCAAGCUGUUGACUGAGGAGGGCCUGAGUCCCGUUGUGCUGGAGGCCAGAGACAGAGUUGGGGGCAGGACCUUCACCGAGAGGAACAAAGAGACCAAAUGGGUGGAUCUGGGAGGAGCCUAUAUUGGUCCGACACAGAACCGUAUCCUGCGGCUGGCCAAGGAGUACGGGAUCAAGACAUACAAAGUCAACGAAAAGGAGAACCUGGCUCACUAUGUCAAGGGGAAGACCUAUCCAUUCAAGGGCCCAUUCCCCCCUAUGUGGAAUCCCCUGGCCCUCAUGGACUACAACAACCUCUGGAGGACUAUGGAUGAGAUGGGCAAGGAGAUUCCAAGAGAGGCUCCAUGGCGAGCUCCCCAUGCUGAGGAGUGGGACAAGAUGACCAUGCAGGAACUCUUCAACAAGAUCCUCUGGACAAAUGUGGCGCGGCAGUUUGCCAAACUCUUUGUGAACGUGAACGUGACCUCUGAACCCCAUGAGGUAUCGGCCUUGUGGUUCCUCUGGUACGUCAAACAGUGUGGAGGGACCAUGAGAAUCUUCUCCACCACCAAUGGAGGCCAGGAGCGUAAGUUUAAGGGUGGCUCCAGUCAGAUCAGUGAGGCCAUGCAGAGACAGCUGGGGGACCGAGUCAAGCUUCAGAGCCCCGUGUACAGCAUCGACCAGACCAGAGACCUGGUGGAGGUCAAGACGGUCAACGGAGAGACAUACAAGAGUAAGUAUGUUAUCCUGGCCAUCCCGCCGGGCCUGAACAUGAAGAUUCACUUCACCCCGGAGCUGCCCCCUCUAAGGAACCAGCUCGUCAGCAGGGUCCCCAUGGGCUCCGUCAUCAAGUGCAUGAUGUACUACGAAGAGGCCUUCUGGAAGAAGAAAGGCUUCUGUGGCAGCAUGGUGAUUGAGGACGAAGAAACUCCUAUUGGCCUGACCCUGGAUGACACCAAGCCUGAUGGCAGUAAGCCCUGCAUCAUGGGAUUUAUCCUAGCACGGAAAUGCAGGAAGCUUUGCAUCUUGACUAAAGAAGAGAGGAAAAAGAUGAUCUGUGACAUCUACUCCAAAGUGCUGUCCACCGAGGAGGCUUUGCAUCCUUGCCACUAUGAGGAGAAGAACUGGUGUGAGGAGGAGUACUCUGGAGGCUGCUAUACGGCCUACUACCCCCCAGGGAUCCUCACCCAGUUCGGAAGGGUCCUGCGUGAGCCGGUGGGCAGACUGUACUUUGCGGGCACUGAGACGGCCACAGAGUGGAGCGGCUACAUGGAGGGGGCCGUGCAGGCAGGAGAGAGAGCUGCCCGGGAGAUCAUGUGUGCCAUGGGUAAGAUCCCCUCUAACCAGAUCUGGAAGCCAGAACCUGAGUCUGAGGAUGUCCCUGCUCUGCCAUUUGUCACCACGUUCUGGGAGAGGAACCUGCCCUCCGUGGGCGGCUUCCUUAAGAUCAUGCGUGUGUCCACCGUCCUGUCGGUCGUCGCGGUGACGAGUCUGAUCGCCUAUAAGAAGGGACUCUUCCCCAGGACCUAAAAAAAGCCGCUCCUCCUCCGACACACCUCCACCUGCGGUCUCCUCCUCAUCAUUCAUUCGCCACACCCCCGUGGUCAAGACUGUUGAGCAGAGGUCUUCCUGCCACCUACACAUGGUUGCAGGACGAUUCUGAAGACACUUGCCCACCACGACAGUUUUGCAAACUUUAAUUCCCCCAUGAUCACUGAUCUGCUUCGUAUUGCCGUUGUGAAAUUUGCUGCUUCGUUUAAUCAAACGAAAUCAAACUUAACAUUGAGAGAUAGAGCCGAAUGGAAAGUGCUGACACAGGGCUAAGGAAAGAUAAGGUUUAUCUGUCGGGGGUUGUCAUUGGUUUGAGGGAUUGCACUCUGUCAGUAUGUUCCAAAGGCCCUUGAUACAGUAUGCAGCCAGAUGGAGACGUAUAUGCCAGAUGUAAAUUAACCCUUUCAGUACCAUCAGGGAGACUUAGGGACCCGAUGACACUAACAUUCCACAUCUUUAUAAUUCAUUAGCAAAUGUGCGUUGACUGUUGGGAAAAAAAAAGAUAAUCGUAUCUCAUAAUUUUUUUCUGAGUAUUUGUGUGUGUACACAAAGUAUGUAUGUGCGUACAAGUUGUCAUACUUACUUACAUUACUCAUGUAAAUGUGUGUACACACACACACACAUCAUGUGUUAUGUAAGUGUGUGUGUGUGUGUGUGUGUGAGUGCGUGCGUGCGUGCGUGCGUGCGUGCGUGCGUGCGUGCGUGUGUGUGUGUGUGUGCGUGUGCGUGUGUGUGAGUGACAGACUUUAAUAGUAUAAUGGAUUACCUCUCCUUUACAUCUGGUGCUUUACAUCCCAAGACUGACGGUCAGCAGCUUUGUGUUAAAGAUGGACCCUCCCUUAACGCGAGGCUGUUGUAUGAAGUAAAAAUGACAACAGACCGCAGAAAUGCUCUCUAUAGGAGGUUUCACUCAUACCAUGUGUUUGACAUUGUAGGUCUGUCACUUGUACCAGAAAUCUAUGGAAACAGUUGAAUGUAUCAUUGAUUUGUUUCAAAUUAGAUGUUGAAUUUUAUUGUAUUUUUAUCAUUGACAUCAGAUGGCAUGUGUGUGUGUUUGUGAUGUACUGUAUGCAUGACCACAUUACCCACACAGAUCCUAUGUCUACCCCUCCCCUUGUGAAAAUGUGUCGUUUGUCUGAGAUUCUGCACUAGUGUUUUAAUGCCAGAUGUAAUGUUUAAUAUUAAGCACACUUCAUGAUUUGUCAAUCAGAGAUUAAUGUAAGCAGAGAUUACAUUAAAAAACUAAUUUAAGAGUAUUGCUCUAUACGAAGGGGAUAGUGAUUAUAGUUUAACGGCUUUCAGAAACAUGAAGGUUGAUGAAAGUUGUAUCUCAUCAAAUACUUAAUUUUGGCACCCACUCAGUUUGUCUAUCCCUGCACAAUUUAUGUAUGAUUAUGAUCAAAAGUCAAAUCCUGUGUUGCAAGCCUAAUUUGAUGUAUUAUGAAGGCUACUGUUCGUAAUUAUAUGGGAUGUAUUUAUGACAUAUGAUGACUGAUCAAUGUCUCACAUGUUGCAGGUUCUGUUCAUUAUCAUACUGUUUUGUUUAAUUUUCCCCACAUAUUUUACAUCUGCAUUAGUAAAAGGGAAAUGCCAUAUAUAUACAUAUAUAUAUAUACAGAUGUCUGUGUUAAAUAAUUAGUGAGGACACAAAGAUAGGAUUAAAUAAAACUAAUUAUUUUAAUUACACAGUACCUGUCCAACCCCCAUGUGUAUAGAAUGUAAGUGGGUUGUGUAAUUGUGACCCAAAGCUAUACCAUGUGUGUGUGUGUGCGUGUGUGUGUGUGUAGUAUGUGGUGCCUUACUCUGGUCAUGGUGUUUCCUCUUUUCUCAAGUGCCUCUGUGACUGUGCUGAUGCCGCCCUCUCACUAGAAACAUCUGCAUCCCAUUCAUUCCUUAGGCUCAGAGUGGAACGUUUGUGUCUUUGUGCACUAAAAAGAUGUUAAAGAGA